AUGAAGAUGAUGAAGUUCCACGUGAUCUUCGUUGCCAUUUUUCUUACACUUUUUGGUCUCUAUGACUUAGGUUUCUGCACGCAACAACAUGACAACAACAGCAUCAAGAUCAACAAAAUGGGAGCAGGCGAGGAAUCUCCCAAUGAUUUUGCUGAAAUCGAAAGCCUCGCCCGUUUCGCUGUUCAACAACGUAACAACAAAGAGAAUGCGCUUCUUGAACAUGUAAAGGUGUUGAAAGCCAAAGAACAGGUUGUAGCAGGGAAAGUAUAUUCUCUUACCCUUGAAGCAGUUGAUGCCGGAAAGAGGAGGGUAUAUGAAGCCAAAAUUUGGGUGAAGCCAUGGAGGAACUUCAAGCAGUUGCAAGAAUUCAAACUUGCUCGAGUCAUCUCUCCCUUUACGAGUUCUGAUCGCGGUGUUAAGCAAGAGGGACACAAAUUAGGAUGGCAUAAAGUUCCAAAUCACAAUCCCAAUGUCAAAGAUGCUGCUAAUUAUGCUGUGAAAUCCAUUACAUGGAGGUCCAACUCUCUGUAUCCGUAUAAACUCCAAGAUAUUGUCCACGCCAAAACCAAAGUCAUUGAAGACCAUAUCAAGUUCGACUUGCUUCUGAAGGUAAGCAGGGGAGUCAAAGAAGAAAGGUUAAGAGUUGAGGUAGAUAAAAAACAAGGAGGAAGGUUUUAUAUGAACUGGAUGGAACAAGAUCACUCCUGA